GGGAAGAAUAAGCUUAGGAGAUGAAAGAAGGAAAAGCAGGAAACUGACCCCACGAAGACCCUCAAGUAGACAAAAGGUUUGGCCGAUCAAGACAUCCACUAUGCAUACGAAUACGAUAGAUACUUGUAUAUAAAUGCAGAAAUGAAUGUGAAUAUAUUUGCAAAAAUGGACAAGAGAGGAACAAGAGCAUGUUAUGAUAAUGAAGGACCUCCCCACCUGCAUUCAAUGUUUGUCUUACUCUCUUUACUCUCUUAUUUAUCUUUCAAAUUCUGCCUACAUAUACUCCUUCCCUAUUCUCUUCUCUUACACUUAUAAACACAUUUCAAACUACAUUUUUCCUGCUCUCAUCUCUCUUUUAUUAGACAACAUAAAUAUAAGUAUUUGAAGAAGAAAAAGAAGAGAGGUCAUGUCUUGCUCUGUGAGGAGUAGAUUCGCGAUGGUGUUAUGUAUCAUUAUUUUGCUUUUGUCAUCCAAUGUUGGAUAUGCCAGUGCUCGUCGGCUAGGGCUUCGCAAGCACCACCACAAGGUUGCUUCUCUCGUACAUGGCGAAGGAAAAAGGAGGGUGCUUGGUGGAAUCGAGACAGGGGAAGUAGUGGUCAUGGACUAUCCUCAGCCUCAUCGUAAGCCUCCCAUCCACAACGAGAAGGCUUAACUGCUCGAUCCAUACCUCUUUAUCUAUAUCAUACUGUUAUUUUCAUAUAUGUAUGCAUUCACCAUGUUGCUGGUUGUAAUGACUUGUCCUAUAUACAAUAAUAUAUACAUGACCAACUUUUCUGUU